AUGAACAUGGACAGAGAAGGCUUCGAGAAGAUAAGCCUGGCAAACCUCGGUGUGACUGAAGAAGCCAGUUUGAGACUCAGCUUAGCCCAAGCAAGCUACUGGACCCUGCUGCGCUCAGCGAACCUUGGCACGAUGGUGUUCACAUUUUGGAAGGUCUUUCUGAUCCUAAACUGCCUUGCAGGUCCAGGUCGUGGAGUGCAAGUGACCAUCCCAGAUGGUUUUGUGAAUGUGACUGUUGGAUCUGAUGUCACUCUCAUCUGCAUCUACACCACCACUGUGGUCUCACUGGACAAGCUUUCCAUCCAGUGGACAUUCUUCCAUAAGGAGUCACAGCCAGUUUCUAUUUACUAUUUUGGAGGUGGACAAGCUACAGCCAUCGGGAAAUUUAAAGAUCGCAUUGUAGGGUCCGAUGCUCCAGGUAACGCAUCCAUCACUAUUUCGCAUAUGCAACUAGCAGAUAGUGGCAUCUACGUCUGCGAUGUUAACAACCCUCCUGACCUUUCCGGCGAAAAUCAAGGCACCCUCAACGUCAGUGUGUUAGUCAAACCUUCUAAGCCCUUUUGCAGCAUCCAAGGAAUACCAGAAACUGGCCAUCCUGUAUCUCUUACUUGCCUCUCUGAGCUUGGAACACCUUCCCCGGUGUACUACUGGUAUAAACUUGAAGGAAGAGACAUCGUCCCAGUGAAAGAAACCUUCAACCCAGCCACCGGGAUUUUGUUUAUUGGAAAUCUGACCAAUUUUGUACAAGGUUAUUACCAGUGCACCGCUAUCAACAACCUUGGCAAUAGUUCCUGUGAAAUUGACCUAACUUCUUCACAUCCAGAAGUUGGAAUCAUUGUCGGGACCUUGGUGGGUAUCCUAGUAGGUGCUGCCAUUAUCUUCUCUGUGGUGUGUUUCGCAAGGAACAAGGCAAAAGCAAAGGGGAAGGAAAGGAAGAGAAAUUCUAAACCCACCACAGAACUCGUACCAAUGACAAAUAUAAACCAAGAUGCAGAGUGUGAGACAAUACCAGAUGAAGAUAUCAUCCACACAGAAGCAACUCUGCCAUAUUCCAUCCAUGAGGCUGAGCCUAUUACCACCCUGGAGCCAGAUCACCAGCCUGUCCCUAAGCCUGAACCUGCCGUGCAGCCUGCCCUAGAGCUGGUCUCAGGGCCUGAGCUUGCCCCGGCACCUGAGUUUGAGAUCAAGCUGGAGCCACAGCAGGAACCGGAGCCCUCGACUGUAUCUGAGCCCUUCUGUGAUGAGGGAAAGGGGGUGAUUAAGACAUAG